AGAGGCAGAAUCGUGCCAAUCUAGCAGCAUCUCCAUCUCUCUAACCGUGAACCGCAAAAGAAGAUGAAGAUGAAUUCGUGCUUGCGCUCGUUUACCUCUCUGUCUCGUUUAAAAACAAUGCCGCAAAGGAAAAUCGCCGCGAAAUUUAACAGUUAAACUGCAUCUACUGAAUCGCUUUCUUCCCAUUUUUUUUUAACAAACUUAACUUCAUAAAUUAAACUGCAGCUCAAAAUGAAAUUUCCAACUGAAAACCCAAGGAAACCAGGAAAAUGGAACACCCCACCAGUGCCAGUGCAAACCAACCUGGUGCCACCAAAGAAGGUUCAGCCAGGGAUGUUGCAGUCAAGCUUGGUGCAGGCCAGUGUGGCCACCAUGCAAAACCCAAUGGGCUGCUCAUUACCACGCCUUUCGGUCUCACGACCCUCCAGUAUGGUGGCCAGCAUGGAAGGGGUGGUGGAUGGCUCAGCCCUGCUGACGGUCAUGAAGUGGAAGACUGUUGUAGCUGUGUUUGUGGUGGUGGUAGCGUACCUGGUCGCUGGUGGUCUUGUGUUCAGAGCCCUGGAGCAACCCUUUGAGAGCAACCAAAAAGACACCAUCACCUUGAAGAAAGCCGCCUUCCUACAAAAACAUCCCUGUGUGACCCCGGACGAGCUGGAAGAGCUCAUCAAGCACUCUGUAGAUGCAGUAAAUGCUGGAGUGAGUCCUAUCGGAGACACAUCAUACAACUCCAGUCACUGGGACUUAGGAAGUUCUUUCUUCUUUGCUGGAACUGUCAUCACAACAAUAGGGUAUGGCAAUAUUGCUCCAAGCACAGAGGGUGGGAAGAUUUUCUGUAUCCUAUAUGCAAUAUUUGGCAUCCCACUCUUUGGCUUUCUGCUGGCUGGUGUUGGUGAUCAACUGGGGACAAUUUUUGUGAAGAGCAUUGCAAAAGUGGAGAAAAUGUUCAGGCGCAAACACAAUCAGAUAAGCCAGACCAAGAUCCGAGUGGCCUCCACGUUGCUGUUCAUCCUGGCUGGCUGUAUUCUCUUCGUCACCAUACCAGCCAUUAUCUUCAUGUACAUUGAAGAAUGGACUGGGCUAGAGGCUAUUUAUUUUGUGGUUAUCACCCUAACUACUGUUGGCAUUGGAGAUUAUGUUGCAGGAGGCAAUAGAAGAAUAGAGUACCGUAAAUGGUACAGGCCCCUAGUGUGGUUCUGGAUCCUGGUUGGACUGGCUUACUUUGCUGCAGUUCUGAGCAUGAUUGGAGACUGGCUGAGGGUACUUUCUAAAAAGACAAAAGAGGAGGUGGGUGAAAUUAAGGCUCACGCAGCUGAGUGGAAGGCCAACGUUCGAGCAGAGUUCCGUGAGACCAGGCGUCGACUCAGUGUGGAAGUUCACGACAAACUUCAGAGGGCCGCCACUAUUCGCAGCAUGGAACGCAGGCAAUUAGGUUUCGAUCAACGUGCCCAUUCUCUAGACAUGUUGUCCCCUGAGCGUCGAGCCGCUUUCAAUAGCCUGGAUGCCACCAAUUUCAAGACAUCCUCCCAGGAGAGCAUUGAUACAAAACUCAACAACCUACGUCUACGAGUUGAGCAGAAUGAUCAUCAACAGAGUGACCCAAGCCAGGCGAACUCUGAAGAGAACAUUUUCAACCGCCUUGGUUCUGUCACAAAACUAACCAAGCGGAAUAAGAACAAAGAGUUGAGGAAGAACAUCCCAGACGACUGUCGAAAAGCCUUAGAUUCCUUAGGUUGUUAUAAUCCCACAAUGGAUGAGGAGAAGGAAGAGGCUCUUGAAGACGAGGAGCUCGAGAAGGAGGUAAACACCAGUCUGACCAACUUGCCUCUAUUUGUAGAGAGCCCCAAUAAACAUAAUGGAUUCGUGCCUCUACCACCACAGACCAAAGAAGAAGAAACCAUAAAAAAACUAGAAGACAAAGAUUUCCAUUUGCAGAUGGAGCCCUAGAGAGAAGAAAAUCCCCACAGGAAUAGUAGUUUAAAGAAUAACAUAUACCGAAUGUGCCUUAUUUAGCCCUUACCCUGAGCUGAGAUUUGAGAAUCUCAAUUUCUGAUGUUCAUUUAAACUGUUCACUGUGUCCUGAUAACUUGAUAACGGUAAUAUGGUACAGUAGCAACUGGAAGAAACCUGGUUCACUUCUUCAGGCCACUGAAUUAUAAUAAUGGUUGUAACACUGGAAAACUUUAGCGAGGUACAAUGGCAGUUUGUUUGGUCUGUGACUGAAAGUGCUGCCAUUUCGAUGGUCUUUCUGCCAGGCUUUGUGCUGUACUUCAAGAUCAUUUGGCGGAAAAUGUAACUGCUUCAAAAACAAUCUUUGUCAAGACUUACACCCAUUCUAAAUGUAUAAACUUACCCAGAGGCUUGUACUUCCCAAGAUCAAAGAUGAUAGGACUCUUUGAAGAUGAAAAAUAUAUGUUAAAUUGGUGGCACAAUGUAUUUGCACUGAGCUGUACUGUCCUGUAACACAAGUAAAGUACAUCAAUAUGCCAUCCAGAUUUAUGAAGUUAACCUAUGAAAUCUCAGGGCUUGUAGUCCUACUGUAGAUGUUUAAUUGUACGGUAUGUCUGACAUACAACUUUCUGCACUCUCACUAAAUAUCUGAGGCUGUUUGGUAGUGUUUUCCUGAUUUGAAUGUUUAGGACAAUGGGAUGGAAGAAAAGCCAUUAGGUAGAAAGGACAAUGUAAUGUAAAGCUUAGAUUGUCUAGUAGAGUUUAAUUAGGAACCACUGAAGUUAUUGAUCCAUUUAUCCAUUUUUAGACAUUGGGCUCUGUUUUAUGACCGCUACAUCUUAAGCGCAGUACUAUAUGAUACAUUAUAAGCAAUAUAUAUUAUAUUAUAAGUCAGUGGGCAUGGCAAUGAAGUUUUGGUAUUUUCCUUCAAGCAUGCACCAAGUAUAGGUGUAAAUGGUUGGUGAAAGUUAAAGCGAGAUAUGAAGACAGCCCAUACAUAAGUCAUUGGUAGUUUGUGUAAAUGGGCUGAAUACACAUGCCAAUUUUUGUUCUUGCAGCUGGGUGCCCUAACAAAUCGAGAGGAUCCAGGAUCCACUACCUAUUGUCUAGUAGAGCAUAAUACAUAAUGUAGCCAAGUUGAACGUUUUAAUGACUGGAAAGAAAAGGAUUCAGACCGAAAUGAAAAGAUUAGUGUAAUGUAGUUGGAAAGGAGGAGGCGAGAACCGGCUUGGCAAUACACACACAUGACGGACAUGUCCGUAAACGACUCUCUCUCGCGCACCACCGCCCGCAAUCGGCCUUUAUCCCUCUCAGAUGCUUAAUUAGCCUGAUAAGGGGCCGGGUGUGUAUAAUCACGACCCGGCCCCGCCCUCCCACAAUUACUUAUAUAAAAUUAGUUUAAAAUUGAGAUUAAAAUGCCCAUUGCAACUGCAGUUUUCAGCAAUGAACAUGAAGAAAGGAGAGACGCGUGGACAUAUAUUAGACUUUCACAAUUGUCCAGCUUAAAUCAGAAACAUAGUAACUACAUCCUUCGUGGAUAUCAGGUAUACCUCUAUGACACACUCUUUAUAUGCAUGGAACCUCUUAAGUAGAAUGGCUUAUUUCUCACAAAAAUAGCAAAUUAGGCUUUGUGCCACUUUAUUUACAUCAACAUUCCAUAUAUGUUUGUGAAUGCACCUACUGUUUGCAUAUACAGCCACAGACAGCGCAAACUUCCCAACCAUGUCCAGUUGCACAUUGCCCAGACACUCCUAUGAAAAUAAAAAGACAUUCGUUCAUAGCACAUAGCACUGCCUAACGUAGAUGUAAAAAUAGAGCUCAUUCUCUUGACUUCAUUAGUUGUCUGCAAGGCUGUCUCUUAAAUUCAUAGUUGUCCUCCCUUGAUGGCGUCCCUUGUUGGCUGAUGGUGAUGAUUCCACGCCAUUGCAGCCUCUCCACAAUGUUAUGUCACAAUGACGUCAUGACCAGGGUAGCAUUUUAAGUAACUUGUGGGGUUAAAUUAUUUUAGCUAGACACUCUACAAUUACAUGGAUGAAUGACAACCUUUGCAGACAUGUACAACAUACUUCUGAUUUGGGUUAACGACAGUUUGACAAGGAAAAACAGUAUACAUUUUUUAAACAAUUCCAACUGUACAUUGACAGAUCUCCCAAUGUUUUUUACAUUUUACACUUUUUAAAGUUUCUUUCUUUGGUUUUCGAAUAUCAUCUUCUUCUUUCCACAAUAUUUAUGGACUAGACUUUUGACACACUACUAAAUAAUGGUUGUUUUGUGCUACUCGCCUCAGACUAUUCGACAUGCGUGUUUGUGUUGAAACCAAAUGCUGCUUUCUCUGUGUUUGUUGUCUUGCUGACUGUAUAAAACAAAAUCUCCCUGAUGCAGAGAGACAUAUCAUUACCUCAUUCCCACCAACACAUAAAUGCACACAUAGAAACAUUUACAGCUACAGCAAAAGCACUUGUUGUAAAACUAUUGUUAAUGACUCUCUUAUAUUUGCAAUAGCCUAGAUUGAAUGCAGCGACUGGCUCAAUUUUGUGAUGGAAAAAAAAAAGCAUAAAAAUAUUUAAAUCUUUUAAAGCACUCAAAACAAUUAAGAGACAUGGAUCCCUAAAAGCAUGCUAUUGUGCUAAUAUGUUAUCAUGCUAUGGUAUUGAUUGUACCAAAACAUGCUUAUUGUGAGUUUGAAAUGUCCUUGUUUGAGCUCUACUUCAGGCUGCAGAUGGUUGUAAAUUGCUGUCCGAGGUAUAUCUUGUGCAACCAUUACAU